AUGCCGCCUACACCACAACAUGCCUGGCUGGAGCGCAUAAGAUGUCAUGCUGUCCUGUACAUGACCCCUACCCAGAUCUGCCAAGAUGCAAAUGCUGAGGCUCGAUUCCUGGAAGAACUCGAGACCACACGCGAUAAGGUCACCACCCUUGGGCGACUGAAUCUUCCAAAGUCUAACAGGGAUAUCACCAUGAGGGAGAUCCCAUAUCCUGGCACCCCAGACAGAAUGCUCCUUCUGUACCCGCGGUGGAAGUCCAGUUGGAGCAAAAUGGCCUCUUCAGAUUUUGGAUACAAUGUCAAAUUAGAGAGAUAUUCCGCAAUUGUUAGGCAGGAAGCCAUGGUAUGA